UUGUGGGUGUGGGAACAGGAGACAACGACAACGAAUUGUGGAGGAGAAGUGCAACACAACACAAACUAAACCUGAGCUUUGGCCGCCGCUACACACCUCUUUACUUCGUAGGAUAAUUACAUUAAUUUGUGCACUAAGCUAAGCAGCGAUGUCAUCAUCCUCAACGUCCAGCCCCACGGACAACAGUUCCCACGGUUCCGUGGCGCUUUCCUCUUUCGCCGCCAUAAAUGCCGUGUCUGGGACAAACACAAGCACAAGUGGAAGCCAGAAGCCAUUUUCCCUCUCCGAGCGUUUGAAUUUUGAGAUUUACCGUUAUUCCAGUUAUUCGCCAAAUUAUCUGCCUGAAAAUGUACUGGUAGACACACCGAACGACCAAACGUCCCGCUGGUCAGCCUACACCAACAUCCCCCCACAGUUUCUUACCCUGAAGCUGCGACGCCCCGCCAUUGUGAAGAAAAUCAAAUUUGGCAAAUUCGAGAAGUCGCACGUUUGCAACAUAAAGAAGUUUCGCGUAUUUGGGGGCCUGGAGGAUGAGCACAUGGUCUUGUUGCUAGAAAGUGGACUCAAGAACGACAAUAUACCAGAAGUAUUCAACCUGCGCUGCAUGACCGAAGACGGCUCGGAGAACCUGCCAGUACUGUAUCUCAAGAUUGUUCCACUGCUAUCGUGGGGUCCAUCGUUCAACUUUAGUAUAUGGUACAUCGAACUCCACGGCCAAGACGAUCCCAUGUAUACGUGUGCGCGAAUGAAGAAUUAUAAUACACUACGAGAAAUUGAGAUUAUCAAGCUGUGCCUCAAGCACUUUCGCCAGCAGGGCUACAUGACUGCCUUUGGGGCUCUUCAGGAGCAAACAAAUGUAAAACUGGAGCACCCGCUUAUCAGUGAACUGCACAAAUACCUGGUGGUGCAAGGGGACUUUGAGAAGGCCGAGCGUUUCAUUGCCGAGUGCAUUGAUGAGGGUCUCAUGGACGAGUAUUUGUACAAGCAAGACUAUAAGCACACCUGGCAUAUGAAGUACACUGAAAGCGAGGCAAAACCUGGCAAUCGUGGUGGCCAUCAGUUGGUGGUUGAUGCCAAAAAACGCCUCAUAUAUUUGUAUGGAGGCUGGGAUGGCUAUCAGGAUUUGAGUGACCUUUGGGUAUAUAAGAUUGAUGAAGAUGAAUGGACGCUGCUAUGCGAACGGUCAGAGCAGUCCAGCGGGCCCACGCCGCGCUCCUGUCACAAAAUGAUAUUUGAUCCGAUAAGCGAGAACAUCUUUAUGCUUGGUCGUUACCUAGACAAUUCGAUACGAACAUCAGAAUACAUCAAGAGUGACUUUUAUCUGUACGACACACGGGCUCGAAACUGGAUGCAGAUCUGCGAUGACACCAGCCAGGUGGGUGGGCCGCAGCUCGUCUACGACCAUCAGAUGUGCAUUGAUGGCGACAAGCGAACCAUUUACGUAUUUGGCGGCAAAAUACUGACGCCACGCAGUGUCAAUGCCACAGGUGCCAUCGAGCCCGAGUACUCCGGACUGUUCUCCUACCACAUUGCAACGAAUACCUGGACCCAAAUACUCGUCGACUGUCAUCACACGAGCGCCUCGCAGGCUGAUGUUAUGUCUAUUAAGUCACGCGUCACGCACUGCAUGGUUUUCCACAAUAAACAAAGAAAACUCUACAUAUAUGGCGGGCAGCGUGGCAAGGAGGAUCUGGAUGAGUUCCUCAGCUACGACGUGGACACCCAAGCCAUAUCAGUGAUUAACAAAGAACAUCCAAAUCAAGGCACCACCGCUGGCAAUGAGGCCAAAUUUGAGCCUUCAUCGGGAUACACACUGCGGGCUACGAUUGAUUGUGAACGCGACGAAAUCUAUGUAUUCUCCAGUCUGAGUAAGGUUAAGGAUCGCCGUGACAUACAGCAUAUGGAUGCAUCAAACUCGUUUUGGGUCUAUUCGUUGCGUCAACACAAGUGGUCGCGCAUCUACUAUUGUCGCCACAGUGGCCAAGAUGGGAACUCCAUUAGCAGAGCCAAUGUUUUGGGUGCCACCAAGGGUGAUGCAGCUCUGGAGCCCUGUCCACGCUAUGCGCAUCAGUUGGUCUACGAUGAAUUGGCCAACAACCACUAUCUGUUUGGUGGAAAUCCUGGCAUCUGUCAGCAACAACAACUGCGCCUGGAUGAUUUUUGGCUUCUCUCUUUGGAAAAACCUAAACGUGACGAGAUUCUAAAGCAUUGCCGUUUCUUGGUGCGUAAGAUGCGCUAUGAAGAGAUGGCUCAUCAAGAUCCACUAAAGGCAAUGCAGUAUCUGCGUCACAACAUCGCCGAUGUCAUUGAUCACGACGAUGCAGAGCAGUUGAAUAAUUUUCACAAGCUGGCCUCGCUGCUCUUUAAGACACACGACGGAUGCCCAGACCAGAGAGACAGUUGUGUGGCCACGCCGGCUCUGUGUCGCGAUACGGAAGAGCUUGAUACUGACGCUGAGCUACCAAUGAAAGAGGGACUGUCCGAUGGCAGCGCAACCGAGAACAUUUCCAUGGAAUCAAAUGAAAGUCUAGCCACAUCGGGCAUAUCGGAGACUGCUUCCAGUCCCAGCUCCUCAUCUUGCACCAAAAGGGCACGUACCGAAUGCAAUUCCGAUUUCAUGAACAAACGAGCUUUCCUGUUUAACAAGCUGGUGCAGCUGAUGCCCCCAAGCAUGGUGCAGCCGGAGCGCAACCUCAGCGACUUUGUGGUCAUGUGAGCGUUGCAGCGAGUGGAGUCCCAGUUGCCAAAUUGAAGAAGACGGGCAGGGCAGUCUCUUAUUAUCGUUAGGCCAUUGAAUGUGCACGCGUUUUGUUUCAAAAAUAUUAUGUUAAUCGAUGUGAUAUGAUGUUUAGUUUGCUUGUUUCCCCUUCCCUUACGGCAGGGCAGCCAAUGUUAAGUUUUGCGGCCAGUGCCAAGCAUGACCAAAAUAUUAUUUCAUUGUGAUAGUUAAUUUGAACUCGAAAUCGAGCAGAAUACACUAAGUGGAGAGUGGAGUGGUGUGGAUUGAAGAUUAUUGCGCUUAAGACAAACGAAACCAUGUGUGAAAACGUUUUAAAUAUAAUAUUGAUUGUGAAUGUAAAACAUAAGUUUGAAAUAAAGUAAUUUUUUGUAAUGUCUAAAA